UGCUUCGGGGCUUCCACAGCAAUGCACUUGGUUUGGCAUUACAUGCAUAAAUGGAAGUACCAACAGAUUGAACCUCACAAAUGCAAGUGUUAAGGGUACACUCUACAACUUCCCAUUCUCAUCCCUCCCAAAUCUUGAAUAUCUUGAUCUAAGCUGCAAUGAACUUUUUGGAACCAUGCCCCCUCAGAUAGGUAACCUUUCCAAGCUUAUUUAUCUGAAUUUGUCAGCUAAUCAAUUUUCACAAGAAAUCCCACCUGAAAUAGGCCAUUUAACCAAUCUUCUGGUCCUCCACUUAAGGGAAAAUCAGUUAAAUGGCUCAAUUCCUGCUUCUUUGGGAAAUUUGAAAAAUCUGAGUUAUUUGUCUCUCUAUAACAAUUCACUUUCAGGUGUCAUUCCUCCUGAAAUAGGAAAUAUCUCUAAGCUACUUUAUUUAAGAAUGAGCAUCAAUAAUUUAUCAGGUCCCAUUCCCCCAGAGAUAGGGAAGUUGGCAUCCCUUCAGAGUUUGGGUUUGUCCAAAACUAACCUUACAGGUUCAAUCCCAAAAGCGUUAGGUAAUUUGACUAACUUGACUAUUCUUUAUCUCUUUGGGAAUAAACUUUCUGGUUCAAUUCCUAGGGAAUUGGGGAAUUUGAAGUCUAUUAUGACCAUGGAAUUGCAGAAAAAUCAACUUACUGGUUCAAUUCCCACUUCUUUUGGGAAUUUGAGUAAAUUGAAAACUCUGUUUCUGAACCACAAUCGACUUACUGGUUCCAUCCCACAAGAACUUGGGAAAUUGACAAAGUUGGUUGUCAUGGCAAUGGACCAUAAUCAGUUCUCUGGUCAUUUGCCACAAAAUCUCUGCCCAAAUGGAACACUUACGUACUUCGCUGUACACAACAACUUGCUUACUGGUCAGAUCCCAAGAAACUUGAAAAACUGCUCAAGUUUAGUCAGGGCUCGUUUCAGUGGGAACCAGCUCACAGGAAACUUAUCAGAAAUGUUCGGCAUAUAUCCACACUUGCACUUCAUGGAUCUUAGUAACAACAGUUUCUAUGGUGAACUUGCUAGCAGCUGGGGAAGGUGUACAAACCUGACUACUCUAUUGAUUGCCAAGAACAAAAUUACAGGUUCCAUACCACCAGAAUUUGGAAAUUUGACUCUGCUGCAUGUACUUGAUCUUUCAUCAAAUAACUUAUCUGGUGAGAUUCCAAUCGAGUUGGGAAAUUUAAUUUUUAUGCUAAAGCUCGAUUUACAUGAAAACCUGUUUCAUGGUGGUGUGCCCCAAGUAUUAGGAUUGCUGACAAAACUGCUUUACCUUGACCUGUCUAUUAACUCCUUGAAUGGUCCCUUACCAGGAAAUUUGGGAUAUUUUCAGGAAUUGUAUCUAUUGAAUUUCAGUUACAACAAUUUAAGCCAAAAGAUUCCUAUCCAGAUAGGCAGGUUAACUCAGGUUUGUUUGUUGGAUCUGAGUCAUAAUUCCUUCAGAGGAGAAAUACCAUCUGAAUUUGGAAAUUUGCAGAAUCUAGAAGCUUUGAAUCUCUCCCAUAAUAGCCUCUCAGGUUUGAUUCCCAAGAACAUUGCCCAACUGCCUGGCCUAUUGAAAAUUGAUGUAUCUUUCAACAACCUCGAGGGGCCUGUUCCAUAUGGGAAAGCUUUUCAAAAUGUCACCAUACAACAGUUGCAGGGGAACAGAGAUUUGUGUGGCAAUAUUACAGGGUUGCAACCUUGUGGAAGCUUGUCUGAAAAACCUGUCAGGAAAAAAGGCCAUAAACUAAUUCUCCUAAUUGUGCUUCCUGUUUUGGGAGCAGUGCUGCUUAGUUAUGUAGUCGCAGGAGUUAUCAUUUCAUCUGCACGUAGAAAAAGAUGCAGAAGAGCUAAAGAUGGAAAUGUGAAAGAUGAUGAUCUGUUUUCCAGAUGCAUUUUUGAUGGCAAGGCAAUGUACAGAGAAAUCUUAGAAGCCACGGAAGCCUUCAAUUCAUUUUUUUGCAUUGGGGAAGGAGGUUAUGGACGUGUAUACAGGGCAGAACUUGAGUCCAAAAAGAUAGUAGCUGUAAAGAGACUUCAUCACUUGUCUGAGACAGCAGACCGUAAAGCUUUCUUGAAUGAAGUAAAUGCUUUGACAGAAAUCAAGCAUCGAAAUAUUGUGAAACUUUAUGGUUUCUGCUCAACUGCUCAACACUCCAUUUUGGUUUAUGAGUACCUUGAAAGAGGAAGCUUGGCCAAAAUAUUUCACAUGGAUGAAGAAGCUAAGAAACUGGAUUGGAAAAAGAGGGUGAAUAUCAUCAAAGGCGUAGCUCAUGCGCUGUCUUACAUGCAUCAUGAUUGUUCACCACCAGUAGUUCAUCGCGACAUCACAAGCAACAAUAUUUUGCUUGAUUGUGACUAUGAGGCUCAUGUUUCAGAUUUUGGCACUGCUAAGCUUCUCAAAAAAGACUCAGCGAAUUGGAGUGCUCUUGCAGGCACAUAUGGAUAUGUUGCACCAGAGUUUGCCUACACAAUGAAAGUAACUGAAAAGUGUGAUGUAUAUAGCUUCGGAGUCCUGAUCAUGGAAGUGUUUAAAGGGAAACACCCUCGUGAUUUAAUCCCUUGUCUACAGUCUUCAGCACCUGGAGAUAUAGAGCUGGAAGACUUGUUGGACCAAAGACUUCAGUAUCCUGCUCAAAAGAUUCUAGAGAUUCUGACGUCCAUCAUCAGAAUUGCUAGGUCAUGUUUACAUGUUGAUCCACAAUCCAGACCAACUAUGCACUUCAUUUCCAGGUCGUUAUCAGUUGCUACACCAUUUCCAGGUGAUCUUGACAAGUAAGCAAUACCUGCAAGAGAUUGAGAUGAUGAACAAUGCAGAAGAUUUGUAAGGCCUGGUAACAUAUGAUCACAUGCAUUUCCCAUGAAAUUCAGCUUACGUUUUUCAGUCAAUUUGGAGACUAUUGUGUUUUAUCCCCCCUCCAUGAUCAGUACUUUACAAUUGUAAGACAGGAAUUGAGAAUGUUUUGAGCCAUUAUGGGGAGGAAUUAAGCAGUUUGCUACAGUGAUGCACGUGUACGAGUAUCAAUCAAAGGUGUAGUCCGCUAAAGAUUUUCUCCAAGUUCAAAGGUCACAUAAUUUGUAUAUUAUGUUUUAGAAAAGAUUC